AUGGAACCAAUUUCCCUUAACUCUCACGGGUUCGUUAACCUCCUUGCCUCCCAGAGCAGUCAACCAAUAGAUAUUGGUUGUUCUGAGGUUCCAAAAUCUGCGGAAAGGCGGAAAUGGACAACCAAAGAAGAUGUGGUGCUGAUCAGUGCUUGGUUGAACACCAGCAAGGAUCCAAUCGUGAGUAAUGAGCAGAAGGCUGGCUCAUUUUGGAAGCGCAUAGAGGAGUUUUUGAAUGCAAGCCCUCUGCUCGUUGGCUCCGUUCCUAGGGAGUGGAGUCAGUGUAAGCAGAGGUGGGGUAGGGUUAACGAACAGGUUUGCAAGUUCGUGGGAUGUCACGAAGCUGCUUUGAAGAAGCAAGCCAGUGGAGAAACUGAGAAUGAUGUCAUGAAGGCGGCUCAUGACAUCUUCUUUAAUGAUUACAAUUCCAAGUUCGUUCUUGAACAUUGUUGGAGGGAGCUUCGGUUUGAUCAAAAAUGGAGAUCCCACACUUCGACACGAGAUGGUGCAAAGGAGAAGAGGAAGGAACCUGCAGAGGAGGUGGGUCGCGAGGAAGAUGUUAGGCCUCCCGGUGUGAAGGCUUCCAAAGCAGCAAAACGCAAGAAACACUUGAAUGAACCAGCGUUUGAUCAGAUAGAGAGCAUUUUAGAGGUCACGGGUUCAAGGAGGAGGAUGCGUGUGGACGUGGUUGUAGGUCUCGGUAUCUUUAUGUAUCAUAUCAAGUCACGGGACCUUCGGUUAAUAUGGGUGUAUGUACCCAGAGGAUGUGUUUUCAAGUCACGGGUGUAUGUCCCCACGACUUGCCUUUUCAACUGA